AGCAAUGUGCGUUAGAAAAAAAUAUCCCGCGGGAUGGAGAACAGAAGAAUCCUGCUACCUGCCAGUAUAUAUAGUGGUUGUAUGUUUUGAAUGGAGCAUAGUUCAAAUCUGCUCGGCUUCAAGGAACAAGCUCAAAACAAACAUUUCAAAAUGAAAUUCUUCAUCGUCGCUUUGGUCCUGAUCGCCGUUGCUGCUGCGAGGCCUCAGGAGGACAAGUACACCACCAAGUACGACAGCAUCGAUAUUGAUGAGAUCCUGAAGUCGGAUCGUUUGUUCAAGAACUACUUCAACUGUCUUAUGGACACCGGAGCUUGCACUCCAGAAGGAAACGAACUGAAGCGUGUCCUGCCCGAUUCCUUGGAGAACAACUGCUCCAAGUGUAGCGAGAAGCAGCAAACAUCCAGCACCAAGAUCAUCAAAUUCCUGACCGAGAACAAGCCAGAGGAAUGGACCAUGCUGAAGGCCAAGUACGAUCCCGAUAACAAGUACGUCCAGAAAUAUGUGGCUGAUGCCGACAAGGAUGGAAUCAAGCUGUAAAGUCAUCAAACUAGUCUGAAAUUUCAAAAAAUAUUAACAAAACGCUUAGAAUUUUCACAAACUGAAUCCGUUUUCGUUACAACCCGUCGAUGAUGCAAAUUGAAAAUCAUUAAAAUAAACUUUCAAGAAUGCCAAAUUUUA